ACACGCCGACGCUCGGGCUCUGAUCCCCGGACACCAGCUUCUCUCCUGCCCGCCGUGCCCCCCCUCCUCCAGCCCCGCAGCCCACAGCUUCCUGUAAGUGGUCGUCUCUCGUCAGAUUUCUCUAAGAAUCCGAAGAUUGGAAGAGGAGGAAAGACUAGUGCGGCGCUGGGGAAGUUCAGGCUAUGCCGGCACUCAAAGAACAAGAACAACCCGAGCGUUAGCAGAACAGAACGUGGAGCACUUUGUAUCAGGAUGUAGUUCUUUCUGACUCCCUUCAUGUAACUUCGCUGCUGGCUGUUGUGACUGCCUGCGUCUUAACUGAGGGAUCAAUGGAGCAGGCUGAUAAGGAUCUGAACCUCUCCUUUCUGCUGGAACAUGAGAGAGACAUGAUCCUGAAGGUGCUGCAGAAAGACGAGAAACUGAGGAAACGAGAGGAGAAGAGGAUACGGAAGCUGAAGAAUGAGCUGCUGGAGAUCAGACGAAAGGGAACCCGUCGGCCCCAGGAUCUGGGCGAGCGACAGUGCGCCCGCUGCCUGAAGACGCUGGGCCUGAUUUUCGACCGCGGGGAGCUCUGCGAGGAGUGUCAGCUGCGGGUCUGCAACAACUGUCGGGUUACGAUCCACAAGGAACGCCAGUGGAGGUGCAACGUGUGUGCCAAGAUCACGGAGCUGAAGGUGGUGACAGGCGAGUGGUUCCUGGAAGAAAGGUCCAAGCGCUUUGAGCAGGUAGCGCUGGGCACCGACGUGAUCAAACAGACGAUCCUCAGCAGCCCACCACUAAUCAUUGUAGAUGAAAAGCCUCCAGAGAACGUACCGGCCCCUUCCGAGUCGGAGCGAUCCUCUACGCCAAGAUCCAAGAGGAGUGCGAUACGCAGCGCUAUGGACGGUGUCAGGAAAAAAGAAAGGAUGAAUAAAAAGGGCAACCGACUCACCUUGAAGCCACACAACGGAGUCUACAGUGCCAGCGUCAGAUCUGGCUCGGACGGAGACGUUCAGAGUGUGCGAAGCGUUCGCUCUGCUCCGAGUCCACGUUCAAACAGGAGCGGGGUUGUUGCCGUGGAGUCCUCAGGGAUGCCCACAGUCCUUAACAACAUGCGAUCCAAAACUCCGGACACAUUGUCCAUUGCCAACGACAACCGGAGGGUCAGGCCCGACGGAGCGGAGAGCGUUGCCAGUUUACAGUCCAGCGACAGUGCGCCCGAGAAGAGAGGUGUCGGCCAUCAAAGGACGAACUCUGGCACUCCGACUAUUUCUGUGUCCAAGGCCUCAGUCUCCUCAGAUCACAGUCGCUCAGAGAUGGAUCUAUCAGUUCCCGGUUCUGAACCCAGCAGUGAGGAGGCCCUCAGCCUCAGAAGCCGCUCGGUCCCCGGGCUCAACGAAAAAGUAAACAGCGAGUUUUCUGAUGAGGAUGCGGAGGAAGACAUCGAUCUCCUGAUGGUGACCCACAGCCAGACGGCCCGGGGACACCUCAGCAACGCAGUGUCAACGAGUAGUAUAAACAGCAUGAUGAGCAUGUAUAGCGAGACUGGUGACUAUGGCAACGCCAGGGUGAGCGGCGAGAUCCUGCUGAACAUCAGCUACAGCUACAAGACCGGUGCGCUCAACAUCCUGGUCAAAGAGUGUCACAAUCUGGCCACGGGGGACGAGAGGAAGCAGCGCACGGACGCAUAUGUGAAGACUUACCUGCUGCCAGACAUGUCCCGACAGAGCAAGAGGAAGACGAGCAUCAAGGCCAACAACAUUAACCCUGUUUUCAAUGAGAAUCUGAGGUACGUGAUCAGCCACUCGCAGCUGGAGACUCGAACCCUGCAGGCGUCCGUGUGGCACCACGACCGCUUCGGACACAACAGCUUCCUGGGAGAAGUGGAGCUGUCGUUGGACACCUGCGAGUUUGAUUCCCAGAUUGAGGAGUGGUACUCGCUGCAGCCUAAGAUGGAGAGCGGUGUAGACUCUACCAUGCAGUAUAAAGGAGAACUGACAGUCGUGUUGAAGUAUAUACCUGCAGAGAAGAACCUCACACUGCCUCUGGACCAAGUGCAAGUGAAGAAAGGGUUCAUGAAAGGCAAGAAGAAGAGCAGCUUCACCCUUCCUCAAGGGGGCAUGGUUGAGCUGCUCGUCAAAGGAGCCAAAAAUCUAACGGCUGUGAAGUCUGGAGGAACGUCUGAUCCGUUUGUAAAAGGGUACCUGCUUCCGGACAGCAACAAGUCGACCAAGCACAAGACGGCGGUGGAGCGACGCACAGUGCAGCCGCAGUGGAACCACACCUUCACCUACUGUGGCCUGCAGCCAGGAGACCUCGACAACGUCUGCCUGGAGCUCACCGUGUGGGACAAAGAGGCUCUGGCCAGCAACGUCUUCCUGGGAGGAGUCAGGCUGGGAGCCGGCACAGGGAAAAGCUAUGGGAGCGAGGUAGACUGGAUGGACUCCUACGGGGAGGAACAGCUGGUGUGGCAACGCAUGACUGACAACCCAGAGGUCCCUCAGGAGUGCACACUGAUGCUGCGAUCCAGCAUGCGCAAACGUGAGACAUGAGCCGGACCAAAGCCCAGAGGAUGAAGGAUAAAGAAGGAGGGAGAGGAGGAAGAGAAAAAGAAGAGGUUUGAGUGGUUGGAGACUGGUCCCGACUUGUCCUCCACCCUGAGAUGUUCAGAUCCAGAACAGCCAGUCAUGCCUUACACACUCAUCUACAUGUGUCCCUCAGCAUCUUGUCUUGACCAAACACUGCUGUUCACCGCUGAAUAUUAAAAAAAGAAACCUGUAUGUAACUUACUAUAGCUACAGAAUAAGCACACGGUGUGACUCCUGAUGCGUCCGUCCUCGUCUCUGUGAUACAUUUACUAGAGUAAUUUCCUUGUGUAGUAACGGCUGAAGUAGACCACAGUCAACAAUGCACCAACCAAUAAUGUAGAAACGUAGACGUUCCCUUUACAACGAAGCUGCAUCCCGGUCUGAAGCACACAAUGGUGCCUCAUUAACAGCUGUGUUCAGGGGUGGAAAGUGACUGGUGUUAGUGCGACUGUGCCAUCCUACUCCAAUUAAUUAUAACUGAGGCAGAGUGAUGAUCGACUGAGAACACUUGAAGACUCCUCAGAGUACGUACACACUGUGUGGUCACUGCAAUACGUCUGUUUCAGAUGUAUGAGGAAUCCAAAUAGAGAAAUCCUCUAUAAACCUUUGGUUUUGCAGAGGGUAGCACUGUAGCCUGGUUCCUGGUUUGACUCCCUGUUGUUUGGGGUUUUCUCCCAGAGUCGAUGUUAAUUGUUGAUUUGAAGAGGGUAUGUUGGCCUUGCGAUACCCUGACGACAUGUCCAGGGCGUACGUCCCCCCUUGACCCUCACAGGAUAAGUGUUAUAGAUUCUAUUCAAUUUAAUUCAGUUUUAUUUGUAUAGCCCAAAUCAUAAGAAGGCACUUAACAUCGUAAGGUCGAGACCAUACAAAUACACAGGUAAUGGAUGGAAGUACAACAAAAUUAUACUAGGGUUGAAAGUAGAAAUACUUCACUCAGAUACUUUUACUCAAACUCCACCAACCAGUCAGUCACUCUGAAUAAUGGUCGAAAUAUUCAUCUUUUUUAAUCAUCAUUUUUAAUUUGUAAUUUUAUAAAUUUUUGACAUUUCUGUUCAGUUUUGUCAUAUUUCACUUGUGAAUUCUUGAAUUAAAUAUUUCAAAAAUAAUUGCAAGGUCAUAAUGACCUUUGACCAAUAAAUCAUUAUCCGUCAACUGUACAAUUGCUCACAUGUUAAAUGCGUCGCUCUGUGGCUCAGGCACAAUUUGGUCCAGGUUUAAACAUAGAAUGGAUUCAGAUGAAAUUCUGGUCAGACGUUUAUUGUCCCCAGAGGAUGAAUCUGUGUGAGAUGAUCAGCCAAAGAACAUUAGUGGCAAUCAGUCCAAUUGAGGGUUAUUCAUUAUUAUUUUGGUGAUUUAUGAAUGUCUCUGCAGCGCCAUCAUCAGGUCAAAUUUUGCCAAAUUCUAAAACCUUUUUCACCCUGAAAUUAAACUUCAUGACACUGAACCUUAUACCUGAUUAGCAUUCCCAUGCUAGCACCGUCAUUGUGAGCAAGUCAAGUAACAGGAGUAUUCCCACUCAGUUCCUUUCCACCCCUGACUGUCUGGUAAAAAAUAAUCUGUGGCACAAAGUCUGGAUGGAUCCAUGAUUUAGACUAGAUUCAAUGUAAAUUAUCAUGACACUGUAUCAGUGUGAUAAUAGAUAUGCAUGGUACUGUAUUAGACAAGAACAAAAGGAGGUUAUUAAAAGCACUGAUAAUGACAUCACUUUACACUCAGAAGAGGACGUGUGAUUUGCGGUGCAUUCCCAGGAACCCUGAGGGCCGCCGCUGUGUGAUAGUGAGUCAGCACUGAGCAAUGCUGUGUUCGUCUCGGGGGGGAGGGGGGCCCUUUAACGUGUCAGUGGCAGUCACCUUGUCCCUGUCACCCACGGCUUCGCGAAUCACACAGUUCACAAAAAGAUGAAUAAAAAGGUUCCUCCAGUUUAAAACCCUGCUCAUCCAUUUUUCAUAUUAUUUUGCCAGUUUCUGAACGCCCGUCCUUGGCAAAACCGAACUAGCAGAGCAAAAUAGUUUCACACUCCACACUUAAAGUAAUAACUCAUGGUGUUCACUGUACAAUGUAUUUUAGAUGAGAGGCUCGUGCAAUACCCGAUUAACUGAAGAAGCUCUUGAUGUACAUCAUGUGGUGUCUCUGCUCCAAACAUCAGAUUCACUCCAUUCAAGCCUUUUUGUCCAAAAUAUGUUACAGGAAUAUUUUGAAAUAAACACAUCUUUCCAUAGA